GCUGUCACGUCGUGUUUUGCGGUGGACAGUUUUUAAACUGGGUCAGGUGGUAGACACGCCCCUACGUGACGCCACGCCCUCGCUACACAUCUUGGUCACGUGGCUAUGACAUCACGACUUCCUGGAAGCUUUUCCAUGCGGACGUCUAUCUUAUGUGAUGCACAGAAGAAGGAAUUGGUCAGCUAAAGAAGAGGAUAUAGUCCAAACAUGGAAGAGGAGGAGGAGAUCCCCAAGCAGAGACCGCGAGGGCCGCCGACUACGUACACACAGAAUCUCCCCACGUGCACACAGAAUCUCCCCAUAUAGGUCUCGCUCAAGAAGCUGGAAAAGGGACACAUUUCUUGGGCGCCGAAGGAGGACACGCUGUAGUGAGGUUCGAUUUUCUCAAGGGCACAGUUCUUCAUCCCACAGCCAGAGCUAUUCAUACUCCACCCGGUCUCCAGCUUGUCCACACUCAAGAGAACGCACAAAGGCAAAAGCAGAGAAACCUCUGCACAAGAGCUCUCACAAACAUCGGACUCGGUCUGGUAGCUACUCUUCCUCGAAGAGCCAGCGGAGCACUAAGGACAGCCAGAAUGUGGAGAAUGAUAAGGAAGGGCACCUGGUGUGCAGGACGGGAGAACGCAUCCAGGAGAGAUAUGAGAUUGUUGGAGACUUAGGAAUAGGGACUUUUGGCAAAGUGGUGGAGUGUCUGGAUCUUGCCAGAGGCAAUUCCCGAGUAGCUCUUAAGAUCAUCCGCAAUGUGACUAAAUACCGGGAGGCAGCACAGCUGGAAAUUAAUGUCUUGGAGAAAAUCAAAGAGCAAGAUCAGGACAACAAAAAUAUGUGUGUCUUGAUGAGGGACUGGUUUGAUUUCCAUGGACAUGUCUGCAUUGCCUUUGAGCUGCUGGGGAAAAGCACUUUUGAGUUUCAGAAAGAGAAUAAUUUCUUACCGUAUCCUCUGACCCAUAUCCGGCACAUGGCCUUCCAGUUGUGCCACGCAUUAAAGUUUUUGCAUGAGAAUCAGCUGACACACACUGACCUCAAACCUGAGAACAUUCUCUUUGUGAAUUCAGAAUAUGACGUCUGCUACAAUGAGAGUAAGAAGUGUGAAGAAAAACAUGUGAAAAAUUCCUCUAUCCGUUUAGUAGACUUUGGCAGUGCCACUUUUGACCAUGAAUAUCACACCACUAUUGUAGCCACACGCCACUACCGUCCACCAGAAGUGAUACUUGAACUGGGCUGGUCCCAGCCAUGUGAUGUGUGGAGCUUGGGCUGCAUCCUAUUUGAGUACUACACUGGAUUCACCCUUUUCCAGACCCAUGAUAACCGGGAGCAUUUAGUAAUGAUGGAGAGGAUCCUUGGACCACUGCCACGCCGCAUGGUGUAUAAAACUAGAGUUACAAGAGCGGUGAUUCUCCAGAGCACACGCAGCUAUUUGACUUGCUGAGCAGGAUGCUGGAAUGUAGGCCCGCUCUGCGCAUCACACUAAAGGAAGCCCUUGAACAUGCCUUUUUCAGUAGUUUGAAGCCAGAAGAGAAGGCUCUGGGGAACCGGAUCGAGAGAGACCUCAGCAGAUGACAAGGCCAGAGCUUGACUGGACACAUAUUGCAGUUAUUUGGACUCAUUGUAUCAUUGCACUGUUGCAUGCUUCUUGCUCUCAACAUAUUUCACAAUAUAUCUGUAUUAUCAUUGGCUUAUGUUUCAGAGGUCCAGCUCUACUCACACCUGCACAGUUUAGUCAACACUGAUCUUCCAUAGACGUUGCACGCUACAAGCAUUUGUCAAUUUGCUUGAUUAUGAUGCAACAGCCAUUAAGACCAACCUGAUCAAAAUGACUUCCACUCAGCUAAUUAAAUACCUCUCUUUUAUGUGAUCAAGGAGGAUACUUAGUUCAUUGUCAGUCCUCCUGCCAGUCUUCCUUUAAGUUAUGGUGCAGAGCAUUGUGGGAAGCUACAGACAUGUAACACAGAUGUCACAUUUCUAUUUAUAAGUGGUGAAUAGUACAUAUAAAUGUAUAUUCGGGUAACCUCAGGGAUGUAGAGGACUGUAGACUCUUCAGUGCUCAGCUGAGUUUCAGUUGGGGGAGGAAGGUGUAAAGUCUAAACUAAUAUCUCACAAAGCACACGUCCCUCUUACUGGUGUGCCACUCAUGUGCAAAUAUUAUAGGGAGGAUCUUAAUAUUUUUCUGUCUUUGUUACUGAAGGUUUAUUCUGUUAAUAAAUUUGAAAGGGUGAUACGUUUUCAUAAA